AUGGAUGACACGUAUUUAGACGUUACGGCCGACUAUGUCGAUGAGUGUAAAAUAACGCAGAUGAAUUAUCAUUCGUUCACUCCGUACUCUAACAUGUCUUUAUCAAAUAAUGAUGAAAUAAGGAUAAGUAUUUUAAAUAUGGAUUCGUACACUUUACCGUGUGAAAGUUAUAUUUACAUCGAGGGAAAAGUAAAUAAGCCAACCGAUGCUGUUGGAGAUGUUCGUUUUUCAAAUAACGGAUUGGCAUUUUUAUUCUCAGAAAUGCGAUAUGAAAUAAACGGAAUAGAAAUACAGAAAUUAAAAUCACCCGGAGUUUCGUCUUGCUUGAAAGCAUACUGUUCGUAUUCUCCAAACGAUUUGAAUACUCUAGAGAGCGCUGCUUGGGACUCGGCCAUGGAUAGUGAAGAUAAUAAAAAUUGUAUGCCCAACGAUGUAUUUACCGGGUGUAUCCCUCUAAAACAUUUAUUCGGAUUCUGUGAAGACUAUAAAAAAAUAUUACUUAAUUGUAAUCAGCAACUGAUUUUAAAUCGUGCAUCUACCGACCUUGAUGCGAUACAUGUUGUUGGUGAUGGCGCAUCCUCAGCCGUUGAUAAAAAUAAAAAAAUUAAAAUUGAACUUACUAAGGUGACUUGGAAGAUGCCUAUUAUCAAAGUCAGUGAUAAAGAAAAAUUAAGACUGAUAAAAGUAAUAGAUUCACAUAGAACACUGUCGUGUGCGUUCAGAACUUGGGACCUGUGCGAAUAUCCGAUACUUCCUAGAAAUACUUCUCAUUCGUGGACG